AACGGAAACGGAGGACAAAGGGAGUACGAUUUCUCUAGAAGUUUUAGUCAGAUUUGUGAACUCUGGUUACAGUUUUAGUUUGUUUUCUUUUAUUAAAAGCCUCGUUGUUACUCUGAGUCUAGUUAACGGAAGUAAUUUUCAUUCUAGUUUGUGUUUCGUUGGUUUCCGAUAAGGCUGAUAAUCCAGUUCUGACCGGAUUGAACGUUGACAGAAAAGAAAUUAAAGCGCGUGAAUCAGUCCUGAUUCUUUACUGGUGAAUCCCAGUCAGUCUAACUGGUUCCUCUCAGACUGACUGAAGAGGAAGAUGGACGUUUCUGUGGAGGAAGAGGAGAACAGAGCAGAACCUCCAGGACCCAGCUGUAUGUCUAUGAAGAGUGACGGGUCCAUGAGAAAACCUCCAGACCUCAGUGGACCUGGACCUUCAGACACAAAAGGUCAGAACCACAGAUGGAGAGCAGAACCUCCAGAACCCAGCUGUCUGUCUAUGAAGAGUGACGGGUCCAUGAGAAAACCUCCAGACCUCAGUGGACCUGGACCUUCAGACACAAAAGGUCAGAACCACAGAUGGAGAGCAGAACCUCCAGGACCCAGCUGUCUGUCUAUGAAGAGUGACGGGUCCAUGAGAAAACCUCCAGACCUCAGUGAAUCUGGACCUUCAGGCACAAAAGGUCAGAACCACAGAGGGAGAGCAGAACCUCCAGAACCCAGCUGUCUGUCUAUGAAGAGUGACGGGUCCAUGAGAAAACCUCCAGACUUCAGUGAAUCUGGACCUUCAGACACAAAGCUGUUUGCUGCCAACAAGAAGCUUCCAGAACAUCAGAAAGAGUCCAGUUGGUUCUCGGUCAUGAUGAAAAAAUGUCUUCACAGAGGGAGGAAGAGGAGUGCUGUUGGUGAGGAGGACCAGCUGUCCUGCUGUUCUUUGUGUCAGGACGUCCUGAAGGAUCCAGUCUCUACCAGCUGUGGACACUGGUUCUGCAGACAGUGCACCACCUCAUACUGGGACCAGUCUGCUCCAUCAGGACUCUCCUCCUGUCCCCAGUGUGGGAAAAGAUCCAGAACCAGAAGUGGACUGCAGACAGCCAAUCAGAGCAGCUCAGGACCAGCAGAUGUUGGUCUGCAGGAGGUUCUAGAAGAACAUCGGCUCAGUCUGAAGAGCAGAUGUGAACGUGUGACUGAAGGAAGUGAUGAACCAGGAAGUAGAACCCUCCUGAACAGGAUCUACACUGAGCUCUACAUCACAGAGGGACAGAGUGAAGAGGUUCUUACCCAACAUGAGGUGGAGCAGCUGGAGACCGCUUCCAAGACCAAGAGCCUCCAUGACACUCCAAUCAGGUGCCAGGACAUCUUUAAAGCCUCACCUGAGCAACAUGGAGCCAUCAGAGUGGUUCUGACCAACGGCGUCGCAGGAGCUGGAAAAACCUUCUCAGUGCUGAAGUUCACUCUGGACUGGGCCGAGGGCUUGGAGAACCAGGAUGUCCAUGUGGUGCUUCUGCUUUCCUUCAGGGAGCUGAACUUGAUCAGAGAUGAGCAGCACAGUCUUCUCACGCUGCUCCGUGUUUUCUAUCCAACGUUCCAGAAGAUCCCAGCAGAGAAGCUGACUGUCUGGAAACUUCUCUUCAUCUUUGAUGGUCUGGAUGAAAGCAGACUUUCACUGGACUUCAGCAGCAGUCAGCUGGUUUCUGAGGUCACACAGAGGUCAUCAGUCCAGGUGCUGCUGACAAGCCUCAUCAAGGGGAACCUGCUUCCCUCAGCUCUGGUCUGGAUCACCUCCAGACCUGCAGCAGCCAAUCAGAUCCCUCCUUCAUGUGUCCACAGGGUAACAGAAGUACGAGGCUUCACUGACGCCCAGAAGGAGGACUACUUCAGGAGGAGGUUCAGUGAUGAAGAGCUGUCCAGCAGAAUCAUCUCCCACAUCAAGACCUCCAGGAGCCUCCACAUCAUGUGUGGAAUCCCAGUCUUCUGCUGGAUCACUGCUACAGUUCUGGAGAACAUGUUGACUACAGAGCAGAGAGGAGAGCUGCCCAAGACCAUGACUGACAUGUACUCACACUUCCUGCUGGUUCAGACCAAGAGGAAGAAGAACAAGUACCAUGAAGGACCUGAGACCAGUCCACAGGAGCUGAUGGAGGCUGACAGGGAGCUUCUUCUGAAGCUGGGGAGGCUGGCGUUUGAACAUCUGGAGGAAGGAAACAUCAUGUUCCACCAAGAAGACCUGGAGCAGUGUGGUCUUGAUGUCUCAGAGGCCUCGGUGUACUCAGGAGUUUGUACAGAGAUCUUCAGAAGAGAGUGUGUGAUGUUCCAGAAACCAGUCUACUGCUUUGUUCAUCUGAGCGUUCAGGAGUUUCUGGCUGCAGUCUACAUGUUCCACUGUUUCAGCAGCAGGAACAUGAAGGUGGUGAAGAACUUCCUGGGAAGAGUCUACAGAAACUCAUCUCUGGAGAACUUCCUGAAGAGAGUGAUGAAGAAAUCCCUCAGCAGUGAAAACGGCCACCUGGACCUGUUUGUCCGCUUCCUUCAUGGCCUCUCUGUGGAGUCCAACCAGAGACUCUUAGGAGGUCUGCUGGGUCAGACACAGAUCAGUCCAGGAACCAUCCAGAGAGCCAUCAACAACCUGAAGGAGAUGAACAGUGAUGAAGUCUCUCCAGACAGAAGCAUCAACAUUUUCCACUGUCUGAUGGAGAUGAAGGACCUCUCAGUUUAUCAGGAGGUCCAAAAGUUCCUGAAGUCAGAGAACAGAUCAGACAUUCUCUCAGAGAUCCAGUGUUCAGCUCUGGCCUACAUGCUGCUGAUGUCAGAGGAGGUUCUGGAUGAGUUGGACCUGCAGAAGUACAGAACAUCACCAGGGGGACGACUGAGACUGAUUCCAGCUGUGAGGAACUGCAGAAAGUUCAGAUCUGGUGAUUAUUCUGGACUCUCAGAGACUCACCUUGAAGUUGUGUCCUCAGCUCUGAAGUCCAACCCGUCCCAUCUGACAGAACUGGACCUGAGUAGGAACAUCCUGUCUGAUUCUGAAAUGAAGGUUCUGAGUUCUGGACUGGAGAGUCCAAACUGUAGACUGGAGGUUCUGAGCAUUCAACAAUGGCCGUGUUCGAGUUGAGCAGCGCCUCGCCUGGAAAAGAGACGAGAGCAGACGGACGCAGCAGGGGGAGUGGCUGAAAGCCGGCGUUUAAGUCGGACAGAUUUCCCUACAUGUGUCGCUCGCAGGUGACGAUGGAUGAAGAUAUCACGUUAGCGUUCACACUUGUUUAAUUUUACAUUUUAAUUCUGGUGCUUGUUAGCAACUGACACACAUGCUUGUGGAUAUCAUAUAUUGUAGACAUGUGCAUGUGAAGAUAUGACUGUAAUAAUAAGUAAAGGUUAGCAGCUGUAGGGUUUUAAUAGGAAACGUGACAAAAGAACACAAGUCACAUUUAUCUUUAUGGCCUAUAUAGUUGUCAUCAUCAACGUAAAAUGAUUUACAGAAUACAUGUGACCAACUAACAUUUUGUGUUCUACCACUGGAUGUUUUGCUCAAAAUAUGAACCAAUCAGAACUUAGAUCAGGUGAGAGCCAGGCGUUUCCCAUCAUGCCCUAGGUUUUACAGCCAGUGGAGAGCAACUGCAGCGCCUUGCUCCAAAAUCUGCGGCCGCCUUGAUCUCACGAGGUUAUCGUUGGCUACGUAGGCAUGACGUCAGAGCAAGUCGGCGUCAAGUCGGACACAAAUCUAACCGGCAUGCACUGCGCGCUGAUCACCGGUGAUCUAAUCUGUGCAGAACUGGCUCAUCUGGAACACGGCCAAUAUCCUCAGUAGAGCUGUAGCGUAGUGUAGCGUAGCGUCGAUGACGUCAGCGACUUGAUUCUAAAAAUUCUACAAGGUAAGAUCCGGUCGUCGGCGUACCACACCCACUUGUUGUGUUCCCAGGGGUUUGUAAAUAAAGGAUUCUGUCUGCUUUUCCUCUCUUUUCCGCCCUCACUAACAUCUCCGCCAAAUACCGAAGACCCGGAACCAGAUUUUCUUUUUUCUUUUUUCAAAACUUUAUUGAAAAAGGUAAUAAGUAUACAUACAAGUCGCAUACAAAACUGAACACAGAACAAUACAUGCCAGGGGGUGCGCUAUAGAAAUGUUACACACAUCCAGAUAAAUUGUAGGUAGUGCAAAUAGUUAUAGCUUUCAAGCUUUUUUAUUUAGUGAUCCACUAAUUUUAUGUAAGAUUCCGCUACCAGAUUCUCUUCCUGUUUCGCCCGCGUUCAUCUCCCGGCAACAGACAACAACCUCCGGGGUCAAAGGCGCUGCCUCGUCUGUAUGGCAGAUGUAGAAAAUCACCUGGAAUAGCCCCUUCAUAUCAUAAGGAAUCUUCUUUCAGACAUCAGGAGAGCUGUUCUUGUGGUAGCUGUCUCUCCUCUGCGCUGGUUAGUGUGCUGGGUCUUUUUGGUUUAUUUCUACGUGGUAACUUGGGCUUAACGUUGGUAAAACUACCAAAGCUUGUGUUUGGAUAAACUGUAACGUUUUGGUCUAGAGUUGGUCUUUUGUGUGGUGUAGAUCUCCCUUUUGGAUGCAUUUAGAGCGCUGUGGGCUUUUGAUUUAGUUAAAAUAUCACCUUGAGUUUGGUUUGACCACCCAGUUUAGAGUUUGUCCCUUUUGAGAUCCUUAUUUUGAUCUAGAACCCAGUAGUGUUUGCCCAGUGGGACAUCUUUAACACUAGUUAUUUGUACUUUUGUUUUAAUUCCUCACAGCCCGUAUUAGUUUG